AUGAGGACUCUGAUGACCACCCAGAUGCAGAACUGCUACCGGGAGCAGAUCACCAAGGAGACGAUGACCCGGCUGGCCUGGAGGUCUCGUUAUGCUAAGGAAUACCCUCUCUCUUCCAAGACCCCAGCCCCCGCACCACCCGGACCCCCACCGGCACCUCCACUAGGACCCACCCCAGGACCAACCCCACAGCCAGACCAGACCCCCAAGCUGCCCCCCAAGACCAGGACUCCCCGGCUGCCGCCUGUUCCCACGGUGACCGAGAGGACCUCUGCCCCCCCUCUGAUGAGACCCCCCUCCCCCCAGACCAGAGAGGUCCUGUACCAGGGCUCCUCCCACUAUGGGACGGGGCGUGGCCUGUAUCUGAGGAGGCGGGGCCAGAUGAGACCGGAAGAGAAAUUUGAGUUUCCUCUCAUCUCGUCCUGGGAGUACGGAUGGAGAUUGGGUGACUUCAGUGUGUGUGGGUCUCCUGCCAACGGUCGUUCAGCCGUGGUGAAGAACACGUUCUACUGCAGGAACGGAGUCUUCAACAGACCUGCGACUACUGACCUGCUGGGAUGACACACGCACUCUUUCUCUCACACACUCACACUCACACACACACACACACACAC